CCUCACUCCGGGCUCUAUGAGGCCAGGCCAUUUACUCGAUUGUUUCCUCGUUCUUAUACCCUGUUCCACGGCAUAUCGUGCUUAUACGUGUCCGAAUCGAUCUGCCUCGCUCGCAACCAUGGCGCAUCAUCAUCAGUGCAACCACGACCACCAGGUGCAUCAUCAGCAUCACCACCACCACCACGUGCACUCUAAUGAGACUCCGGACAAGACGUUGGGAGAGAAAAACAAGGAGCAUUUUGACCAUGUCGCGGCCACCAUCUUCGACACUCCCUGGGUGGCUAAACUCGGCGAGCAAGUCACUCAGGAGCUUCGUGAGAAUUUUGCGUGGUUCGGCGUGAGGGCGGGAAGCGCGGGCUCAGCAACUAAGAUGCUGGACUAUGCUUGUGGCAGUGGCGUCGUGUCUCGAGCUCUCGCGUCCCAUGUGUCCGUCGUCCGAGGAAUAGACAUUUCCUCAGCCAUGGUCACACAGUACAACACGCUCGCAGAGAAGGCAGGAUUCCCGCCGGAGACGAUGCGGGCCGUGCACGGCGACCUGCUCGACGGCGACGCCACCCCGUCGCCGGAGCUGGCCGAGACCGCCGCCGCAACCGCCGAGUUCAGCGGCUUCGACCUCGCGGUGAUGAGCCUCGCGCUGCAUCACGUCGCGGACGUCGACGCGAUGGUCCAGCGCCUGGCGGACCGGCUCGUCGACGGGGGCGUUCUAGUCAUUGUGGACUGGAUGAGCGAGGAGGCGAGCGUUGAGGGGUGGAAGAAAUUUGUAGAUGCGGACAGGGACGAGGAUCUACCGGCGCGUCAGACGGUGAGCAGGAUGGGGUUCAGCGAGAGGCCGCUGCGAGAGACGUUUGAGAAGGCGGGACUGAAGAAGGGCUGGGGGUGGAGAGCGUUUGUGGAGGAGUCGGAGGUGCCUAGCACGGUUGGCGGCAGGUUGCGUGGGUUCAUGGCCAAGGGGGUGAAGGGGGCGUGAAGAGCGGCUCUUGACAGGUGGUUGACGAAGGGCAGAGAGACAUGGUCUCGUCGUUUAUGUUGUCGAUUAUGUUGUCGAGCAGAUCACGUUGUAUGCGAGUCAGAAGAAUGAUGGGAUUGCGAGAGGGCAUCUGGUAAUCUGCACCUGCACUAUGAAAUGUUCCAGUAGGGACGCGUAUCGUAAUUUUGAACAUUAGAA